CUCGUCGUCCUGCGACCUCACUGAAAUCAGAUUGGGAAGAACACUUGCAGCGAGAAGGACGCCUGUACAUCCGUGUCCACAGUUUGAACAAGCACUUCCGAGCCAUGAAGCCGACGUCUACAGUCGCGCAACCUGCUAAAAAUCUCAAGAAAAGCGCGGAAAACGCCCCUAAACGUGCGUGGUGGUGGACCGACACCGCCGUGGACAGUAACCCGAUACGCGCAAUGGCGUGUAGCGAGACGGAGCUACUUAAUGCCGCCGUUCUGUGCGCGGCCUUGGCUGCGACUGAGUCGGAGCCUUCCGAUACCGACAAACAGGCCAAUGAUCGCGCAGCUCACGAGCUGGAGAUGCACGUCCGCAAGUCACCGUUGCCGCACAGUCUGCAGCUGCCAGUGUUGAUGUUCACACGCGACUUCGUCCUCAUGCAGUCCGAUCUGGUGAUGAUCUGUGCUGUGCGAGCCACAAAGCCUGCAGAUAUCUUGCAGACGGUAGUAGGAUCGGCCGUGCCGCUCUCGCAGCCAUACGUGCAUAGAUUUGGGGGCGCAAGGAUCCAUGCGCCCUUUUGGACAAGAACGCAGCGACUGGACUUGCAUGAGGUUCACCAUCAGGCACGACAAGCCAAGAAGAUGCUGCUUUUGUGCGGCCACUCCAUUGGCGGCAGCAUCGCACAACUGGCAUUCUGUGAACUGGUGUAUCAACACUUGCCUACGAAGACGCGGCUGUUCCUGGAAAAGCGCGACUAUGAUCAGCAAAAACAAGAGGAGAAGAAAGAAAGUAGUACCACAAGUGAUGGGUUGGACUUUGGAUUGAUGGUUCAAGGUAUGACUGAGGAAGAGCGAACGGCGAUUCUUCGUAGUACGCCACAUAUGCUGGCGAUUGGAUUUGGAGCUCCGUACAUUGGAUCCGCUGGCCUGUCGUCGUUUUUGGAGCCACUACAGCUCAACAAGCGUGUGAUCACGUUCGUCAACGAGUUUGAUUGCAUUCCGAGCAUUCUCAACGUAGCGCAGUCAGCAGCAAUGGUGGCAAAGACAACCGAGCGCUUGGUUACGAUCACGAAAGCAACGAAAACGCUGGUGAACUUGCUGCCUAUUCAAAUGCAGCAGCGCUUUGUCGAUUUGGCUGCAACAGCGAAUACUGGCGCUGUUCCUAGUGCGAGUUCGGCAUAUUUGUCGAUGAGUCUGAGCAUUCUUCAGAACACUUUCCAGAAGUUCCGCGACUACAAUAUCGUGAAGGAAAUCGAUUACCAGUAUUCUCCGUGCGGUACGUACAUUUUCCUCUCGAAGUGUGGAGCUGACUACAAGAUUUUUUCGGAUCCGAGCGCUAUUAGCUCGGCAUUGCACAAGGAAGAUGAUUCUAACUCCAGUUUGACUGGCAACGCCAUCUUGCAACAUUUAAUGAGUGCAUACGUGGCUGCCGUCGCGCGCCGCUCGAAUUCCAUUCAGAUCAACGCCUCAAUGGACCAUUAUGAGCGUCUUGGAGUCUCUCGUAAUGCAACUGAGCGACAAAUCCGAAGCUCCUACAAGCGGCUAGCACUGAAGUGGCAUCCCGAUCGAUAUGCAACCAACUCCGCCAAUCCACAGGAACAAGCCUCUGCAGAGGAAAUUUUUAAGCUUUUGGCGGAAUCGUACGAGGUGCUAUCGGAUGCUGAAGCACGAAAAGCGUAUGAUGCGCACUUGAACGACUCGCCUAGUCUGAAAGACGAGUUUGUGCGCCAUGGCACGGUGAAUGGGAUGACUCUGGACGAAGCAAUCGCCACAUUCCGCGACGUAAUUGAUAACCUCUCUGGAGCGGUCUCAAAGGUGACAUCGCGCUUUUCCACUUCAAGCUCGACGGUGGUUAACCCUCUACGUACCCCCUCCUCUAUCCGAAGUGGCCUUAUUCCAAACAAUCACGACAAUAUAUUUGCGCCAGAUCGGAUUCGUGUGUCACGGACUGUGGGGAUUGGUGCAGACCAGCAUGAGCAAAUUAUGUAUCUAGAACCGGAAGAAAUCGUUGCCGGGGAUGUGGCAGCCCCUACGCAGGCAACAGGCAGUUCUGGGGCGAAUGUCGGAUUGCGAACUGUCUCCGUCGUGGGUGGAGCUGUCGCUGUUGGGGCAAGUGUGGCGCUAAUUGUGAAUGCAUGGUCACAAUACUCGGAGAUUUCGAAGAAGAGACGUCAGGCGGAAGUAGUGAGAGAUAUGCCCGCAGAUUGUUUAUUGUUGUUGCUGGAAGACCACCGCAACACACAGAACUCGGAUACAACACAACUGCUUCUUCAGCAAGCUGAUGAGCGAAAGAAGAGAAAAGAUGCAUCGGCGCUAGCCAUAACCGAUUCCAGCAAGACGGAUGAAAGCACCGCGAAGCAGCUUUUCGUGAAAGGAGCUCAGCAAGCACUCGUCACUCUGAAGCAACAGGAAGACGCAGCAGAAGAUGAACUCGUUGAAGAGUUCUUUGAUUGUGCCACUGAAUAUGAUCAUGCUGCGAUGGAGGCGAUGGCUGAGGAGGAGUUUUUCGACUGCAUCGAUCUCAUGGACGAGGUGACGUUGCACUUCAGUGAUGACGCAUUAGCAGAAGAAAAGCGCGCUGAGGAGGAGUCGAAAGCACAGAGCGCAAUUAUUCCUUUUCCUCCUGGAUCGAUUGCCAACACCCCGUUCGGUCUCGCGACUGUACAAGAUUGGAGAGAAGGCAAAUCGUCGGUUACUGUCCAAUUUGCCUGUUGUAAGUUCAUGGUUGGCUACAUUCAAAAAGCGGAUAUCUCGCGUGGUGCGUCCCUGGCCAAAGCUACGACAAGUGAGCUACUAGAGUCCAAGAGAGCAAAGCUUGCGGAUCGCGUUGUGACUCGCUAUCGUUUGAAUGCUGGUGAAGCGGGUAGUACGUUGAAAAGUCUGGUUGCUGCGAGUGGAGAUGGCGCUUUGGACAGCGGGAUCCGUGCCGCUGGUGGUGUAGCUUUGGCAAAUGGCAUGGCUAGGACAUCGUCAGCGUUAGGCGGUGCCGUUGCUGCUCCGCUCACGAUCGCCUCAAUUCUCGUCGACAUUGGAAAGGAGUAUUACGACUAUCGCAAGCGAUACACUGAUCGAAAGUCUCUCGGUGUGCUCUCAACGACUACUGAACAACUAAUGAUGCAUGAUUUCCGACUGAAAUCCGGUGAAGUUAUCGCUAGUCGUACUGCAGCGGCGGCAGGAGCAGGCAUUGGUGCGUACAGUGUGGCGUCAGCAAUGGGGAUGUGGAGUACAGCUGGACUUGCGGCCGGCCCAGUGGGCAUUGUGGCCGCCACCAGUGCAGCAGUUGUUGGAGGAAUGUUAGGCUUCUUCGCUGGAUCCAAGGCGUAUUCUGCAUCCACAGCGGGGUAUUUCACGAGUCAACAGAAUGCGAAGGAGCAUAUUGAUCGGCUUGAGCUUGGAGCUCGUAUUCUUUUCGACGAGUUUGAUCCGGACGCUACGGGAACUAUCUCGAAGGAAGACUGUAUUAAGCUGAUGAAGAAGCUUUAUGGCGCGAUGGGCUCUAUCUCUGAGACUGGAUAUGAAAGAACAAUGGCCGUGAUUCAAGACGAUAAUUUUGAGGGACCAGUGACGUGGGGCAUGUUCUGGGAGUGGGUAAGCACAGAAGCAGCUCAGGCGCUUCGUGAGCUAGAGCAUGAAGAGUCCAAGAAACUAUCAGAACCGGUGGCAGGUGAGACGUGGUGGAACAGCUACAUGAAGUAUUUCUCAUACUUGAACUCGAAGAAAGCUACGCCACUUCUUGCUGAACCGCAGGCUGUAAUGUAUCCGUCUGUCUUCGCAACGUUGGGUCUGGCUAUGACAUAUUCUGCAGUGUUGUCGGAGGUUGCAGAGUUACAAGCUGAUGAAGCUGAAGAAGAGAGCUUGGUGUUGAAGGCACAGGUCGAGUUUCUAGUGAACAAUGGCCAUCUGACCGUCGGUGAUGCCUUCCAACUCCGUGAACAGUUGGCGUCCGAUGACCCAGUGCUGAAGGAGUGUGCACGGAAGACUAUUGCUGCCAUGCACGAGGGUCUUUCGGAUGCUGGACCGAACCGGAACCUUGUGUGCGAUGGAUUCGGUUUUACUGGCGGCGACACAAUGGAAUUGUCGACUGAUGAACUAGAAGAGGAAAUGAUUACAACUUGGACAACGACCACUGUUUCUGGAAAAAUCGAAGACGAUGGGAAGAAGAAGAAACCCGAGACCGAUGAGCGGCUUGAUGUCAUGUGCUCGCUGAUGUCUACGCAGGGUCUGCAGCGUUUCUUGCAGCGGCAAAACAUCCUCGUUCGUACUGGAGAUGAUGCUCCAAUACGCCACGAGGACUUGCACUGCUUAGCACUAAUGGCAGCAACCCCGUCGCCACCGCCAAACUGAGCUUGUCCACAUUGCGUUGAGAACGCUGUGCUAUUAUAAUUGAACAUCAACAAUAUAUGAAUGAAAAAGAUACAGUUUGUCAAUGUCGUCUACGUGUCAUUGGUGAGACUUGAUCCUGCUUCAAUGCACGGAACUGUCAUAACACCAGCGCCAUCAGC